AUGGCCGAGUCAUGGAGCAUCGAAGAGGAGAAGCAACUGCAAGCCUUGAUGGCCAAGAAGGUGGUUGCUGCGAAUGAGAGCCGUGGAGCCGCUAUGAGCGAUGGCUCAAAGCGCCGCUAUGUGGAUGAGGAGUCUGUGGGUUCCAUGGAUAACCCAUGGAUCGAAGUUGCAGAGAAAGGCCACCUCAAGGUGGAUUACACCAGUGUGGAGCUGGAUUUGCCGAUGGGCAUUACCAGCUUGGAGCAAUGGGGCCGCACGGUCAUCUCUUUCGGCAAGUAUGCCGAAGCAAAUGUGACCUACCAUGAGAUGCUGACAGCCCCGGAGUAUGCAGGGUAUCGCAAGUGGUGCAAGAGCCACCUUACAACCCAUACUGCCGGCAAGGUCGCCAUGGACUUUGUCAAGUAUCGGGAUGCCUAUGAAAAGAAGUCCAACAAGGACUCUGGACUUCUGUUCCCAGGAACUGAGGUGGAGCGCACAAGUGCAUGGGAAGCUUUGGACAAGAACGAAAAGAAGAAUUUGUUUGAAACUGCAAAUGGAAGAUCUGUUGGAUCUUUGACCUUUACCGAGAUCGAUACGUCUGCAAGUGGCUCAGCGUACUAUGGUGUGGGUAGCCCCGCAGAGCUCCGCAGGAAAGUGGCCGGUUUCGAUUUCAUGGUCCUCGAUGACGAUUGCGAUGAGGUCAAGGUUUCAGAUGCCGAUAUGCUGAUGAUGCUGGUAAGAUCGCUUCCAGAUUCAGCUCGCUCCUUCGCCCUCCACCAUGCUAGUGGUGAGAGCUACCAGGCCUAUCGGGAGUGGGACCCUGAGGAGUCCUGGUGGUGGAAUGAAAAUGACUGGUGGGGUGCAGAUGGAUGGCAGGAAUCCGGAGACUGGUUGGGGACCUGUCGGGUGCUGAAAGUGCAGCUGAGUCAUUACUCUCUCCUGCGUGCGGAUUUCUGUUGGCUCAAAAAGGAAGGGGAGGUUCUUGACCACAUGGAGAACCAGGAGAACCUUAAGAUUUUGGUUGUUGUGGAAUUGGCCACAAACAAUGUGGGCUACAUCGUCAUUGGGGAAGACAAGAAUGCAAUUUACUCUCAGAUCAACCAGAAGGCCUUUGAAGCACAGAAUAGUCCAGAGUCAGCCUCUUCACCUAGUGCCUCAACGGAAAUGCAUUCGCCGUCCACUCCAGAGAAGUUUGUAGAUGCACCUGUUGAUGGCGGUACUCCAACUCAAGGACAGGAAUUGGACAGUAGGGUUGAUGUGGAUGGUGAUACAAACAUGCCGGAAGUUGAACUUGGAAGCCCCACUCCGGUGGGCGACAUGGAUUCGUCAAGUGUUGGGGAUGAUCGGAAACGCACUGCGGAUGUUGAUGUUUCAGAUUUGGAAAAGCAAAUUCGGGAAGAUCCGAUGAUGGACAGCUUGUUUGUUCAUCAGGUGGUUGCUGCGAAUGAGAGCCGUGGAGCCGCUAUGAGCGAUGGCUCAAAGCGCCGCUAUGUGGAUGAGGAGUCUGUGGGUUCCAUGGAUAACCCAUGGAUCGAAGUUGCAGAGAAAGGCCACCUCAAGGUGGAUUACACCAGUGUGGAGCUGGAUUUGCCAACGGGCAUUACCAGCUUGGAGCAAUGGGGCCGCACGGUCAUCUCCUUCGGCAAGUAUGCCGAAGCAAAUGUGACCUACCAUGAGAUGCUGACAGCCCCGGAGUAUGCAGGGUAUCGCAAGUGGUGCAAGAGCCACCUUACAACCCAUACUGCUGGCAAGGUCGCCAUGGACUUUGUCAAGUAUCGGGAUGCCUAUGAAAAGAAGUCCAACAAGGACUCUGGACUUCUGUUCCCAGGAACUGAGGUGGAGUCCGCGCCGCUGCCCGAGAGCAUUUCUUUCCAGCCCAAGUCGGAGUCGCUGUUGCCGCCGGCGCUGAAGCUGCUGUCCACACAGCUCGGGCAUGGUCUGAGCGCUGCUCGGGCAGCAGCGCCCAACGAGCCUUGA